AUGGCUCGUGGACAUCAAAAGGCUCUAUCCCAACAGAGGAACGCUGAAAAGACAGCUAAAGCCAAGAAGGCAGUGGGAAGCGAUCAAAAAACCGCAGCGAUGAAGUCACUCCAUCAUAAGUGCACCGUAUGCAUGAGCAUGAUGCCGGAUCCAAAAACCUACAAACAACACUUUGAGAGCAAGCAUCCAAAGAGUCCCAUGCCACCAGAGUUGGAAGGAGUCCAAGCCUGA